AUGGGUGUCGUUAAGACCGCGUCGGAGAGCGUCCUCGAGGACAACGUGGUCCCAAGCGAGGAAGCGAAUUAUUCCGUGCAAGGUUAUGCCGAAGAAUGGACGGAAACGUUCCCGUAUCAACUGCUGGUCGGAACAGGAGUGGCGUUGAUGGCUCUAUUACUGCUGGCUGCUGUGAGUUUUCAAUGUUCUUCCACCUGGCAAUGGUUAAUGAGGGUGAGACGGCACAUGAAGGAGGAGGACGCCGAGAGCGACUUGUCGCAACAGAACGCUAUACGUAUCAGUCAUUCUCUGCCGGAUCUCCAAUCUGAGCCGAUCACUCAUGAGUACGUCCAAGAGCAAAAGGAUAGCAAAAAGGUAUUGCGCCAGACAACUUUGCCCAUUGUCCCGAUGAGGCACCAGAGCUUUCAGAGGCAGCUCUCUCAUCGCCUCGAUCUCCCCAUCAAAUUCAGCAUCUAUAGUCUGGAUAAACGUAGCGAUUCCAACCUUGGUUUAAUCAAGCCGGAACUUUACAAAAAGGAAUUGGGAGACGAUGCUGAGAGCGCGAGCAUCACGGAAAUGGAGUACGCUGGCAAGCUGCGUUUUGCUCUGCGCUAUGACAAGGAGAUGGAGGGGUUGGUGGUCAAAAUCCUAGAGGCUCGAGAAUUGCCUGUGAAGGAUGUGACAGGCAGCAGCGAUCCCUAUGUGAAGGUAUACCUUUUGCCAGAUCGAAAGAAGAAAUACCAAACUAAAGUGCAUCGAAAGAAUCUUAACCCUGUAUUCAACGAAACUUUCAUAUUCAGCAUGUCGUACGAGGAAUUGAAGGAGCAGUAUCUUCAAUUUUCUGUUUACGACUUUGAUCGAUUCUCCCGAAACGACUUAAUUGGACAAGUGGUGCUCAAAGAAUUGCUGGACUGCACUGAACAGGAGAUUGAAUAUACAAUGGAAAUUCUGUGCGCCAUGCAGGACAAAGUGGACCUAGGAAAAUUGAUGCUGUCUCUCUGCUAUCUACCAACUGCUGGUCGGCUAACAGUGACUGUAAUUAAAGCGAGAAACUUGAAAGCCAUGGAUAUAACGGGAUCGUCAGAUCCGUACGUGAAAGUGUACCUGCUGUGCCAAGACAGACGGAUCAAAAAGAAGAAGACCUCUGUGAAGAAGAACACUUUGUUCCCGGUGUACAACGAGAUCCUGGUGUUCGACGUGCCCGCGGAAAAUAUCGAGGACGUCAGCCUCAUAGUGAAAGUGAUCGAUUACGACAGGAUCGGCUCGAACGAGUUGAUGGGUUGCACGGCGAUCGGCGCCGAUUUCAUCGGUAUCGGACGCGAGCAAUGGCUGAAGAUGUUGGAGAACCCGAGGAAACCUGUGACGCAAUGGUACCCGCUCAUGGAAACCAUCCCUGGACACAUCCCAUCCGUGAGUUCGGAACCCCUUCCAGUUAGUUUGAGCUGCUUGAACAGCAGAUGAAAACAGCACGGUUGGGAUAAGUAUCGCGAGAAGUCGCAGUUCUUGCCGGAUGUCGGCUUGGGCGUUGUUUCCUUCUGUCGUCAUUUAAUGCACACCGCUUGACUGACUUAAGUACAAUUUCUAUCUCAUCAAAAAAAAAAAAAAAAAAAAAAAGAAAAAAGAAAAAAAAGGAAGAAGGUUGGGAAGAAGCACACAAAAAAGCAUCUAAAAAUAUUAAAAAAAGAAAAAAGGGGAAUGAAAACAAACAAAAAAAUAAAUAAAUAAAUAAAGAAAAAAAACACACUCUGUGCUUUUUGGAGUAUAUACGUGGCGAGAGCGUGAAAUAGUAAACGAGCGAAUAGAUCGUCGUAUCGUCGUAGAAUGUUUCUAAAAAACUUAAUACGAUCGAAGAAAGGGGAUGAAAGGGGAGGCUGCUCAAAACUUUAUCUUUGAAAAAGACAAAGAGAGGGAGAGAAUAAUAAAAAUAAAUAUAUACGUAUAGGUAAAUAAAAAAAAAACAAAAAAAGAAAAAAAAAUUAAGAAAAAGAGAAAGAGAGAGAGAAAGAAUAAACAAGAGUUAGAGAUAAUGAGAAAGAUAGAAAAUAAAAAAAGAUAGAAUAGUUUAUUUUUUGAGAACGAAUCCAGGCUGGCCCUGUGCAUUCAAGCGUACACACAAAUACGAAAUAUAUAGUUUAUCAAUUAUUAUAUAUAUCAUACAUACAUACAUACAUAUAUAUUUUAUCAACGAGAAUAAAUAGUUACAUUGACUAUUACCAACCCAAAUAAAUGGUUGUGAAGGAAGUCUCGAAUUUUUACAAAUCAAAAUGGCGGGAAACGCUGCUCCGAUAGUUUUCGGGGAUUGAAUAUCCCUCGCAUCCCUUGUUUCCGCUCGAACAAUUCCAGCACGAUGUAGGGAUCCGUAUAGAUCCGCGUUCAAAUUUUUACGUACGUAUAUUGGAAAAUAAUUGUCUGGCUGAACAGUGAGUCGAAAACUGAAAGAAAAAUCUUCGUUUCGAAAUAAAUCAGCGAGGCGCGGACAAAAGGAUCAUCGGGCGAUCUAAUACGAAUACCUAUAGAAUAUGGCGCGUGAUUUCUCAACGAAAUUGCUCCACGAUCUCUCGUAAUGCUCGUCGUCUAUUUUCAAAUUUAUUUUUACACUACACUUUUUCAAUAUAUUCUUUAAUAUAAUUAAAUUAAAUUCUACAGUUUCGAGCAAAUGAUUCAAUUUUUCUAUUUUUAUCUUAAUAAAAUUAUCGUUUAAUUCUUUGAUAAAAAUAGUUAAAAUUUAGAGUUUCAAAGUUUUCUUGAUAUAAAGAGGAACAAAUAAUUUGAUCAAAGUGAUAUAAUUUAUUGGAAUAAUCCGUUAUAAAUGAACGAAUGAUAUGAUCGGAUCGUCUAUCUUGUCACGAAAACGUGCAUUACGAAUAUUUAUAAAAUCGCGCAAGCACUGGUAUCAGCAUCGCAUAAAUUUAAUUUAACGCGACGUGAAACAUAUGCGGUUGCCUAUUACCCAUGUACAUGUGUAAUGUUAUUAUAGCUCAGCUAUUAGCUUUCGAUACGUGAAAUAAAUAAAUAUAGUACGUAUAACAAUAAUCGCUUUCAAUGGUGGCCACAACCGCGGUUAGAUCCACAACCGUGUUAAUCAAACACCUCUUUCGUGCUUCCGAAGUUAAUUGUUUCUGUCGAUCAAUUUAUGCAUGAAAUUCGCUAAGGUCGAAAUGUUCCAAGGACAAUAACCAUUUAACCGGAUAGAUUCUUCUCGACGUAGACUUCGAAUAGAGCAAUAUAUUUCCUAAACGUAAACGUAUCCAUUAAAAAAUAUCCAACAAAUGGGAAGCGAGCGAAAAAAUAAGAAAAAAAAAAGAAAGAAAAAGAAAGAGAGAGAGAGAGAAAGUGGAAGAAAGAAAAAAAAAGAAAAAAAGUAAAAAAAGUAAAAAAAAAAAGUAAAUGAUUAGAUGUAGAGGAAGACAACGUUUACUAAUUCACGCUCUUACGCCAAUUGUUCGCGCAAAUGUUCUUAUUCAACGCGAUAAGUGUUUCCACUUAAAAAGCUCGUCGAUAUGUGGACACCGCUUGUGAUAACGCACCCGAAGUACGUGCAUCAUUCACGAGAAACUGAGACGAGAUGCGAACACAGACACAAGAGAAUGCAUCUGCUUAUUCAUUUAUGUCUCGUACGAACGUUGGAGGUAAUUUCUAUUAUAGCGUUUGUCUACCUCAUCAUCUGUCCUUUUCCCGCCAAAAGGAAGAAAGGAUUUCUGAAAGAAGGAUAGAAGAUAACUUUUCAGAAGAUAAGAUUACUUGACAGACGAUUUUGCUUGCUGAAAUUCGUGAAAUUUAUUUAUAAGUUAGUUGGAAUUGGGAAAAUUUUUACUUUGUUGAGCAAAGCAUCAUAAAAUAAAAUUUAAUAAUAACUCGAAGUAACGAGUUACAUUGAUUAAUUUACAAUUAUUUCAAUAACGGCUUGAAGAAAAAUUAUAGAGUGAUAAAAUUAAAAAGAAAUACUUCGAAACGAACAUUUAUCCAAGAUGUAUCGAUUAUUAUUAUGUAAUAGGGGUUCGUGUGUAUAUUGAAUAAAAAUGUGUGCACGUGCGAAGGGGUGCGUCGAGUGAGAGAAGAGUGAAUCGAUGCGAACGAUGCGGAGUAUUUAUGAUAUCGCACAAUUACGUUCGAUUAAUAAAAUGUAUAUCAAAAAAAGAAUAAAUAAAUAAAUAAAUAAAAAAACAAAAAAAAAUAAAAAAAAGAAGUACUCACGUGUAUAAUUGUAAAAUUCGAGAACGCGUAAAAUGGCACCAAUAAUUGUUUCGCGUCUAAUGAUAAGCUCGGUCAAUCGCGAUGGCUCGUAGUUUCAUAUCGAUCAGUCAUGAAAAAUUGACUGAGAUUGCAAUUCUGGAUACACAUGGGCGUCUUUGGAAAAUAGAUGGAUGAAGGAGAACAAUCUACGUAAAAUGGAAUUGAUUGUCCUCAGAUAUCAGAUUCGAAUAUCUACAUACAUAUCUUCGAUUAAUCAUUAAUUCUGAUAUGAAUUGUACACUUAGUGUAGAGUAUUAUUUUUGACAAAAUUUUUGACAAAAAUUAUCCUCGAUACCGUUAUCAUUUUGUGAAUGUUUGAAUCUCUAGAGAUCGAGCGAUAUUUCUAAAGACACUCUGUGUUUCGUGUAGCUGGAACGAAUAAUAAAAUAUAAAAUUAUAUAAAUAUCGAAGCAUAGAUUACUUAUACGUGAUGACCAUAAAAAAAAAAGAAGUAUCCUUCGAAUUAUUUGAAGAACAAAUUGUAGCAAAUUAUAAGCGCAGUAGGAUAUGAAAUGUGUCAAAUAGCAUAGUAUCGUAGACAAAAUAGUGCAAAACAUCAAAAGCUUUUUUAGUACUUAAUUCUUUGAAAUGUAUAAAAUACUCACAUACGUAUAUUUGUAUAAUCCUCGUACCAAUACACGUAUCCUGGUCAAUUUGAUCAAUUUGGUUGCCCAAUGAUUCUUUCGAGAAUCCGUUCGAAAUCCUUCGAAAUUCCAGCGACGCCCAUUUCAUUAGUCAUGUAAAACGACAAAAUGAACAAAUACAAGACAAAUUAUACGUUCUCUUUUUCGUACGAUCCACGAGAUUUGUAUCACAGACUGAAUUUAAUUUCGCGACAUAAUUAUCAUGAUGGUCGCAUCAUUUUAGAAAUGAUGCUUGCAGUAGAAUAUAUUAGAAUGUGUUGAGACUGAGGAAAAAAAAAACGUUUUUCUAUGCAUGCAAGAAUCAGAUCAUAAGAAGAAAUCGAUGAUGAUUCGUCUAGCAAGCUAUUGAAAAAGUAUGUCUCUAAAUUUAUAUAUUACUAGAAAAAGAAAGAAAUGAAAUAAAAUAAACAAAGAAAAGAAGUUAUAUAUCAGGAAUUAGAAAUUAUUCUACUAUCAAUGCUAUUAGCCAGAACUUCUUUCAAUAGCUUUGUGGUAGUAUUCUUCGCCAAUAAGAUGUUCCACAUAUAUAUAUAUACAUAUAUAUUGAUUAUAUAAUGUUGACUAUAUUCUCUAAUUCUACGUUCGAUUUUUCCAUCCGAUUUUUUUAAUUCUCCUAUUACAUUUGGAUUCACACACGUCACGAAUAAAUUUUCUACUAAAAUUUAAAAAGAUUGUACAAUUAGAAUAAGCUUUCGAGAACGUAAUAGGAGAGUAAAAAAAUAAUCGCAAUUGUAUCCUGAUUUCUCUGUCGACAAGAAGGAAAUUGGAUUAAACGUUAAUUUUAAGUCGGGAAUAUCUUUCUGUAACCAUCACUUUGGAUACAAAUUAUUACUUACAUUUAAAUGUCAUCGUCAGUUCUCUUCAAUUUCAUACUUUUCUAUUCAUUCUUAUGUAUUAUUAAUAUGCGUAGAUGUUCGAAAUUAACGGGUUACUUUUUUUUUAAAGGCGCAUCGUUCACUUCGCAUCGUUCAAUUGGCCAUUUGUCAGGCCAGUGAGUUAUCUUCGAAGUAAUAUUCUCACAAAUAUCGAUCGUGGAUGAACGAUAUUUGGAGCGCGUAUGCAUAUCACACGACGAAACACGUACGAAUGGACGAGCGUUGAUCACGAAUUAUUAGAGAUUUUUAUUUUUUUUUUUUUUUUUUUUAUUGAGCGAGAGAAGAGCAACCAAAGAGAAACCUCUGUUUAAAGUCUACUCUGUUCAUGAAAGUGAUAUAAAAUAAUCGUAUAUUUAAUCGAAUAUGCAGGCGAGUAAACUUAAGUAACCAGGUACCGCUAGAAGCACGUAUUUUCUAACGAGUGUGUAUAAUCUAUACUGUAUAUUCGGGCAAGCAGAUGCCCCUUGCGAUUGUGAAUGAAAUAAAUAAAUCGGUACCAUAUAGAA